AUGAGUUCCAACUCUGGCGUCACGCCGGUUAUAGAAAAAACGUACGAACCGGACGAGAAGAACGUGAACGGUCUCAUCCAAGCCGGGUUCCCGAAGGAAAAAGCGGAAAAAGUGUUGCGAGCGAUUGGGAACGAAAACUGCUGCGGCCCUCAGAUCAAGUGGUUGUUCGCGCACGAUUUAGAGAGGAACAAAGCGAGAAACGAGUUGAAGAAACACGAGUCGUGUUUUACGAGCGAACACACCGAUUACGACGGCUACGCCAACGUUUGGGGGAACCAAAAUAAACAGCCAGACGCCGGCCGGUGUUGUCAAUCGUGCAAAGACUACGUUCCGAAAGCGCCGAAUUAUUAUCCGUGCAACGUUUGGGUGUAUUGUCCGAAAGAACAGGGCUGUUUCGCGCCGGCGGCUGGGGAGUUUAAAUACCAAGACUGUUGGUUGAAAUAUCAACACGAUCCUAUUCACGUUCACGUGAACAUGAAAGGCGAAUAUUCCGCUGAAUAUCGCAUCUCGCAUCCGACCGCGCCGGAAAUGGUCGAUUGGACCGCCGGGGUGGUGUUAACCGAGGAAGAGUUUCAUCGAAGCGAGGGCGAUUUAAAUCACACGUGGUCCGCUCGCUCGCACUGGAGAAAGCUGUUAGCCGAUAACAACAGAUAA